GUGCUUCGGUUUACAAUGGAGAGUGGGGCUGAGGGCUGUGAGGUUGUGGUGUCUGGGAAGCUCCGAGGAGAGAGAGCCAAGUCCAUGAAGCUUGUGGAUGGGCUGAUGAUCCACAGUGGAGACCCUGUUAACUACUAUGUUGAUACUGCCAUUCGCCAUGUACUCCUCAGACAGGGUGUGCUGGGCAUCAAAGUGAAAAUCAUGCUGCCCUGGGACCCAAGUGGUAAGAUCGGCCCCAAGAAGCCUCUGCCUGAUCAUGUGAGCAUUAUGGAACCUAAGGAUGAGAUCUUGCCCACCACCCCCAUCUCACAGCAGAAGGGUGGGAAGCCAGAGCCACCUGCCAUGCCCCAGCCAGUGCCUACACCAUAACAGGGUCUUGGCAGC